CUUAUAACCACGACAGACUCUCUCAGCUGAAAGGAACAUGGGGACGGAUAACAUCACUUUCAAUGCAACUCAGUCACCUGAACAAGAUGCAGCUUUCACACACAUACAAACAGCCUCCAUUGUCAUCUACUGUGUGAUAUUUAUAGCUGGAACUCUGGGCAAUGGCCUUGUUAUCUACGUGGCAGGAUUCAAAAUGCAGAAAACAGUUGACUCGGUUUGGUUUCUCAACCUGGCCAUAGCUGACUUCCUCUUCACGGCCUUCCUUAUUUUCUCGAUCAUUUCUCUCUCUCAGAGUCACCGAUGGCCUUUUGGAGCAUUCAUGUGCAAGCUCAACACCUUUGUGAGUGUAGUCAACAUGUUUGUCAGCAUCUUUACUCUGACUGCCAUGAGUUUCGAUCGUUGUUUGUGUAUCUGUGUGGUGGUGUGGGCACACAACAAACGCACAGUCAGCAAAGCUCAGCUUAUAUCAGCUGGGAUCUGGGUGAUCGCUGGCGUCUUCAGCACUCCUUAUGCCACUUUUCGCACUGUAUCAGUGGGGAACGGAGGGAAAAGUUCCUGUGAUUAUUCUGCAACAAUCAAAGAACACAAAUUGACUCUCUGCAUUUUUCGCUUUGUUAUGGGCUUUGUGAUUCCAUUCCUGAUAAUAGUGAUCUCUUAUGUGUCCAUUGGUAUCCGUGCAAUGCGCAUGCCGAGAACAAGGAGACGCAGAUCUCGCCGGGUCAUUUUCUCCAUCAUUUUUGCAUUCUUCAUCUGUUGGUUGCCUUUCCACAUUUUCAAUUUCAUAGAAUUGAGGUUAGAGCUCCAGGGUAUUGCUAGAAUCUAUGGUCCUCUGACUGUGAGUCUGGCUUUUCUGAACAGCUGCUUGAACCCCAUCCUUUAUGUUUUCAUGUGUGAAGAAUUCCAGAAGAAAUUUCGACAGUCCAUUUGUUUUGUACUCGAGAGUGCACUGGCAGAAGACCAUUUGUCAUUUCUGUCCACCCGCUCCAUGUCGUCAACCUUUUCAAAAGCUUCCCAAAAGUCAGACACUGCUGCCACUUUAGAUCGGAUCGACCCAGCCAUUUAUGAAAACAUCCCAGAAAGCACAGUAAUCAUCACUGAGGGGAUUCCUAGACCUGAAGAAGAGUGCACCACCAGACAAUGA